GCCUUUUAUUUAUUUCUUUUUGUUUUUUAUUUAAAGAAGUUUCAUAACUGUGAGGCCUCCUUUACCACCGCAGUCCGUAGUAUCACGAUUCUUCCUUCCUGGGAUAUCUGCUCGGGCGCCAGUUAAAUAAGUUAUAAUUUUUUUUUUUUUUAUAAAAUUUGGUUUAUUAAAAAACAAUUUAUUUAACACAUUUACUACUUUUCGUGCUUGUCGGAUUGAUGUCGGUAAAAGACUGAUUUAGUUCUUACAAACUAUCUUACAAGAAAUCUAUGUUUUGUCCACUAAUUGACAGUCAGCAUUUUCGUUGGAAAUUGGAUGAUGUUGUUGGAUGAAGUGCUUCUGGUAGUAUACAAUAAAAGAAUGAUGAGAAAUUCUUCUGGUAGUAUGCAAUAGGAGAAUGGUGAGAAGUGCUGUGUUUGCUUACUUUAUUUAUUGGGGUGGUCCUUAACCUAUGUAGAAUUAUUAAAUGCUAUUGUGGAUUUAUUCAUUAUUAUUAUUAAAAAAACUGCUUAACUAAAUCAACUGCUGCAUGAUGUUGUUAUCACGACGAGUUGUCUAAAUUAACUAUCACCUAUCACUAUAUUUUGAUAUUGGUCAACGACGAAACAUUCCAUUGCCUUUAGUGGGUGUAGCGAAUUCUCUGAACUAUGAAACUUUAACUUGACGCUUCUAUGUUAUUGUGCGUUUAAAAAAAUACUACUGCAAAAAAUUCGUUAAUGUGUGUAUACCUUAUGAAAAAUUUACUCUUAUCGUAAACAAGAAGAACAAGAAUGCAUUUGUUGUGUGCUUUACGAAAGUGAAGCCUAGUUAAAGAUGGCAAUUCCGAAUGAAAUCUAUAGUAUUUUUCUCCAUUUCUUUGACCGAAUUAUUAUUUAUUACAGAUUAUUUUUUUGGGGUUUCGCGCUAUAAACUAUUUUGCAACAAAAACUUUCUUGAUGAAAAUAUUUGAAGGCAAAUAUAUUGCUUAGACAACCACUAUCGCAUGGGUAACUUGAAAGCAUUUUUAUAAUCGAAUUAUUACAAAUGGUAUCAAAAAAUUCUAUAGUGCAUGAAUUCUUUGAAUAAGACGAUACCGUCGAUAGCAACUUUGUUUUAAAUAACGGUUGUCAGAUUGUACUUAAAAUUGUUUUAUUCAUAUCUAAUCAAUACAAAAUUAAUAAAAGAAAGAAUUAUGAGUUUUUUAGGAUCUUUAAAAAGUGGAGAGACAGUGGAGAUUGCGGCACGUGAUUUCGUGCAAAAUUUGUUGGAGAAAUCGCAAACGGCCCAGCAAUUGUCUCUAGAAAUUGCUGCUGACUUUAUUACUGAUUGUUUAUCAGCUAUUGGUAUUAGUUGUCAUAUAAUUGCUGAUCAGUUAGAAGCCGAUGAAAAAAUUUUUGCUUGGCCCUAUCAGCAAUUGAGUGUUUAUACAUUUCAUUGCAAUGAAGACUUUAAAAGAAUUGAACGUUUUCUAGUUCUUAUAUGCUUUAUGGCGGCUGAUCAAUUUGAAUUGCAAUUGCGGAACAUAAACAGCGAAGAUGAGGUAGAAACCUCCAUUGACUACACAAUGCAGCUCUUGGCCCACUGGUGUUGUGUAUAUAAGCAAUUGGAGCGUUUGGAUGGAAUGAAUAAAACAAAGCGUUUUGAAGAGCCUUUGGCGAGAAUAAACUUUCAUUUUCUUUUGGGCUUUCACGAAUUACGUAAAAGUUAUCGCUCAACAUAUGCAUUACUGGAUAAAAUUUGUGAUCGUUUAUAUGUGGCCGCCUUACCUGGUUUACAUUAUAUACGAGCACAUGAACUGGUACUAGAGGGUUUGUUAAAGUUAUUUGAAGGGGAUUUUCAUUUACUCCAUCCACAUUUAAGGCCAAAAUAUAAUUUUUAUUAUGAAGCAUUUUUGGUUAAGUAUUUGCCUGGUACACAUGCAAAAAUUUACCAAAGCCUACAAAAUCUUCUGAAAAACGAAAAGGAUUAUCUAAAUGAUUUAAUAGCAUUACUAAUUCAACAACCAAUGCUUGAAAUAUAUUUUACAACAUUGGUUAAGGAAAAAAAAACAUCUCAGCUCAAUAAAAUGGAAGCUUUGAAUUUUCUAAAAUUGUUGCAAGGAAAAUUGACCAGCUUCGAUGUUUUCUCUACUGAAUUUAUGGAAAGUAUUCUUGCUUUAAUGAUGAAUAGAGACGAGUCUUUAUCAAAUAAAGCGGCGGAAUUGUAUGCACUAAUGCGAAGAAAUUGUCAAAGUCAAGAAAACUUAUUACACGCGAUUAACUUUUACAUUGAUUAUAAAUUAUCUCUUCCCGAGCUAAAAUACUUUAUUAGACAGCUGUCCACACACUUUGAUUUUUUAAUGGAUUUUGAUAAUUAUUUGAGAAUCAUUUGUGAUGCAAGGUAUACAGACGCCAUACGUUCAAACUGCGCUCAAAUGUUAAUAAUGGCUGCUAAAAUAAAAGUUGAAAUUUCUGUUUUUUCAGCUAAAUCGGAGAUAGGACAUUUAAUGUUAAUAUUGCCGGACAACAUUGCAGAGAUUGAAUGUCAAAAUACUAUCUUAAUAAUAUUGGAAGCCUUUCGUUUAUAUAAUGUGAAUGAAUGGACGAAGGAGUGUAUUGAAAAUUAUGUUCAUCAUGCUUUGGGUAUUUUUUUACAUUUGGAGAAAAAUUUGGAAUAUUUGGUGUUAGUGGAGAUCUUUAACAUUUUCCAUAAUUGUUUAUUGUUUAACAAAGAAUGGCAACGUUUGCAAUCAAUAACUGAUACUACAACAUUGCAGUUCCAAAGAUUGAAACGGCAGCUGAAAGAAAUUAAACAGAGGAAACAAACUGCCGAAAGUAAAACUUUAUUACUCGAAUAUUAUGAACUUUUAAAACGGCUUAAUAUCAUGAUCAAAACAAAGUAUGAAUUAUUCGAUAAUAUAACGGAAAUAUUGUCUACUUUGGAAGCUCAGUUUUUACAAAAACCAUUUUUACAAGAUCUUAUUAAGGCUAAUAAAUGCUUUAUGGACGUGUACGCUUUCGAAAUCAUUUGUUCUUGUAUUUUAAAAUUGUAUCAAAGUGAAGGAAGAACAGAACGUGUACGAAAACAUGUUACCAACUUAACAAAAUACAUAUGGCCGUUGUUAGAUAAAGUAGAAGACCUUUUAAAACUUCCAGUCGUUCGGAUAAAAACGUAUUUUAACAUUUUGGUUAUGUUGGUGGGUUCUACGCUGCUUAAGUUGGACAACUCCAUCUAUAAUAAAUGCGUAGAGAUUUUAUUGGCAUUAAAUUUUUCACGCCAUUCAUUAAAUUUAAAGGAUGGUGAUGAGUCGACUCAAAUGAAGCCUAACGUAUGUUUAGAGUAUAAAAGGUUAAUGUUAAAUCAAUUUACGAAACUUCAUAAAUUACCUCAAAUAGCUAUCAGAACGAAUGUGAUCUGGAAAGUGUGCAUCAAUUAUAGUCUUAAUAACCAUAAUUUUAAUAAUGAGCUAAAGGAACUUUUAAUGACUUUAGCCGAGCAUCGUUUGAAUAUUUUUAAACAUGUCCUCGCAGUGACGAUUUAUAAUCUUUACAGGCGCGAGCCUCCAUUAAAGUAUAACCAACUUGUGUCAAUUUUAGAAAAACAUAAAGAAUUAGUUGACAAUCUAAAGUGUAUAGAGUCACCGUCAUCGAUGCAUGUUCAUGUUGUUUUAUUGAUAUUGCAAAUGACGGGAAAGAUCUUAGAUGCGCAACCUAUUGGAAAUCACUCCAAUCGCCUAAAAGCCUUAAGUAAUUUAGAUAUCUUUUUAAGAGAUGUAGAUUUCCGGCGAUCGGAUAUUGGUGUCACCAUCUACAACGAAAUGGACAAAUUGAAUGGAAAUCAUUUGAACAAAAAAGAACGUGAGAAAUGGCACAACUUGAAAAAUAAAUUAAAAAAACUUCAAAACAAUUCGUCUACUUAAUGUACUUUACAACCCUUACAAACAUUUAUUUAACAAUAAUUAAGUUCAAAACGUA